CUCAGCCUCCCAGGUAGCUGUGACUACAAGCGCGUGCCACUACAUGUGACUAAUUUUAUUUUACUUUUCGUAGAGAAGGGAUCUCCCCAUGUUGCCCAGACUGGUCUCGAACUCCUGGCCUCAAGUCAUCCUCCUGCCUCAACCUCCCAAAACACUAGGAUUAUAGGCGUGAACCACCGUGCCCGGCCAUGAAGUUAAAUUUUUUGGUUAUUAGCUUGUCGAGUUCUGUUUUCUGUUUUUUUAAAUAGCCACAUAGCCUGCCUGUCUGUGGUCAGUUGUAUGGAUGCUCAAGUACAGCAAGGACAGUGCCCUGCGCAAGUCUCUCUGACCUGGGUCCAUGGGGAUUUUCUCUGUCAAUCAGCUUCCUGAAGCUCUGGCUACUGUUUCUGGUGCUUGUAAUGACCACAGUAGAGAAAAACAUUGAUAUCUUCUUGCCGUUGAUGAGAAAAUCUUUGGACCUAUCUCAUGGUGUCCUUAUUUGCAAAAUGGUUGGAUCGUGAACUGCCUGGCUGGCUUUGGCUGCCUUGCUGUUGUGGCUUUUAGUAACUAACCCUAUUUUCUGGUGGCUGAGUCAAGUUUCUGAAAAGGAAGUCUCACCUGGCGAUCCUGUGAAGGAAUUCCUGACCAACUUUUUAAUUUUCCAAAGACGGGCCUUCCUGGUGUGAAACACACACCUUUUCUGUGGCCAGGCCGCUGUGAAAGCUUGUGCAGAGGCUGCAGAGCAGUAAGACUUCCCACCCCUUGGGGCGUUUGCAUUGUCACCGCGUUGUCUGACUUUGGUGACGACCCCUUUUAAACUCUGGCAUUUGCUCGGGUCCACCUGGGCUUACGAAGGCACCGAUUCCCUGUCCACAGCUCACAACCAGAUGCACCGGCAGGAGUCAACAUCGAGCACGUCCUCUGGGCACUCCCACGACCAGUGACCAGGAGUUAAACUUUGAGGUGUGCCCGUGAUGUUGGACCACCAGGAUUUAGAAGCCGAAGUCCACCCCUUGAAAAAUGAAGAAAGAAAAUCGCAGGAAAAUCUGGGAAACCCAUCGAAAAAUGAGGAUAACUUGAAAAGCACACCUCCACAGUCCCGGCUCUCCCGGUGCCGAACGGUGGCGUUUUUUCUUUCAUUGUUUCUCUGCCUUUUUGUGGUGUUUGUCGUCUCAUUCGUCAUCCCGUGUCCAGACCGGCCAGCGUCACAGCGAAUGUGGAGGAUCGACUACAAUGCCGCUGUUAUCUAUGAUUUCCUGGCUGUGGAUGACAUAAACGGGGACAGGAUCCAAGAUGUUCUCUUUCUUUAUAAAAACACCAACAGCAGCAACAGUUUCAACCGAUCCUGUGUGGAUGAAGGCUUUUCCUCUCCCUGCACCUUUGCCGCUGCUGUGUCGGGGGCCAACGGCAGCACGCUCUGGGAGAGACCUGUGGCCCAAGACGUGGCCCUGGCGGAGUGUGCUGUGCCCCAGCCAAGAGGCAGUGAGGCACCUUCUGCCUGCAUCCUUGUGGGCAGACCCGGUUCUUUCAUUGCAGUCGACGCGUUCACAGGGGAAACCCUGUGGAACCACAGCAGCAGCUUCAGCAGGAAUGCGUCCGUCCUGAGCCCUCUGCUGCAGGUGCCUGAUGUGGACAGCGACGGGGCCCCAGACCUGCUGGUUUUCACCCAGGAGCAGGAGGAGGUUAGUGGCCACCUCUACUCAGGCAGCACCGGGCACCAGAUUGGCCUCAGAGGCAGCCUUGGUGUGGACGGAGAAAGUGGCUUCCUCCUUCACGUCACCAGGACGGGUGCCCACUACAUCCUCUUUCCCUGCGCAAGCUCCCUCUGCGGCUGCUCUGUGAAGGGUCUCUACGAGAAGGUGACCGGGAGGGACGGCCCAUUCAAGAAUGACCCGCACUGGGAGAGCAUGCUCAAUGCCACCACCCGCAGGAUGCUUUCCCACAGCUCGGGAGCGGUGCGCUACCUGAUGCAUGUCCCGGGGAGCACCGGCGCAGAUGUGCUCCUUGUGGGCUCAGAGGGCUUCAUGCUGUUGGACGGGCAGGAGCUGACACCCCGCUGGACGCCCAAGGCAGCCCAUGUCCUGAGAAAACCCAUCUUCGGCCACUACAAACCAGACACCUUGGCUGUAGUCGUUGAAAACGGAACUGGCACCAACAGACAGAUCCUGUUCCUGGACCUUGGCACUGGAGCUGUCCUGUGUAGCCUAGCCCUCCCGAGCCUCCCUGGGGGUCCACUGUCCGCCAGCCUGCCGACCGCAGACCACCGCUCAGCCUUCUUCUUCUGGGGCCUCCACGAGCUGGGCAGCACCAGCGAGACGGAGACCGGGGAGGCCCGGCAUAGCCUAUACAUGUUCCACCCCACCCUGCCCCGUGUGCUGCUGGAGCUGGCCAAUGUCUCUGCCCACGUUGUCGCCUUCGAUGCUGUCCUGUUUGAGCCAAGCCGCCACGCUGCCUACAUCCUCCUGACGGGCCCAGCAGACUCAGAGGCACCCGGACUGGUCUCUGUGAUCAAGCACAAGGUGCGGGACCUCGUCCCAAGCAGCAGGGUGGUCCACCUGGGUGAGGGUGAGCCAGACAGUGAUCAGGCCAUCAGGGACCGGUUCUCCCAGCUGCGGUACCGGAGGGAGGCGUAGAGGCACGCCAGCCAGAGCCUGUGGGAGACACUCCGCCUGCUGACGCUAAACGUCCUGGGAAGUGGGCCCCUUCCUGGGUCUCCGCACUGACUCCCCCACUCCUGACCCUGGUGAUGGUUGCCACUGGGCAGCAGCGGCCUUACCAGUCCUCCAUGAUUGCACCCUGGGCCUCUCUCCCGCCCAGCGUCCUCCCUGAUUCCCCACACGGGGCCUCACUCUGCACCUCACCAGGGUCCCGCUCACACCAGGCAGCCUUCAUAGUGGUCUCCCUGGGCCACCUUGGGCAGAACUGGGUCAUGCAGCACCCCAUCCUUACCCAGUGCCCUCUCCUUGCCAGCUUCUCCCCAGGCCAGCGCGUAGAAGGAGCCAGGGUGUCCCCAGGACAGGCCGUCCCCCACCCCAUCCUGUAGAAGUCCGUUCCCCUUUUCCCUCCUGUGCUCCGUCCCCCAAGGAGUCAUGGAACUGAGGGUACUGGGUCCUGGGGCAGCCUCAGGGCCUCAACGGGAACCUGAGACAGCUCCAGCUUCCCAGCCCUUCCGGGAGCUGCAGGGGGAUCCUCUAGCGGUGGGGGUGUGACUUGGUUCCUUUGUCCAGGCCCUAUGAGGAAGCCCCCAGCAGGAUGGGUGGGGCCUGCUCUGGAGCUGAGCCCGCGGCUGCUCACAGGUGUCCUUAGUGGAGUUGCAGCCGUGUGCUGUCUGCACGUGCUGUGAAUAUCCCGAGGGCCUGGCCGUGGGAUGCGUGUUUGGGUUAGUCUGUGCCCUCUCAGUAGACACUGGAGCUGCUCGAUCCCUGAAGAGGCCCCGUGCCCCAGGCAUGGCAGGCACCUCACCCCUCCCUUUCCGGUGCUCACACGCCCCGCCGUGUCGCCUGAUGCAGGACUCACCUCUGUGCCUUGCUGCUCCUGAGGCCCAAGGGCAGCUGUGGUGCUCUGUGCUGCUGGGGCCACCCAGGCCACAGAGCCUGAGCUUCGUAGCCAAAGCAGCCUGGUGCCCCACCCACCAAGGAAGAAAGCAGAAUAAACAUUUCCGCCUGAAAAGCCCCGGUGGUCAGGCUGAGCCUA